CUGUGAUUCUCACUAUAGUGGUCCUGAGGAAAGGGCCUCUGUGAACUGAGGUUUUUGGUUUUUAUUGUGAUCCUUAGUUCUCAAGAGACCGCUCUUGAAGAUAUGUGCCUAUCUUGAAGAUAUCUGGUGCCUCUGCUCUCCUCUAGGUGGGUGAAAGGAAGGAGGUAAUCUACCACCAUGUUUGGUUCUCAUUUAUAAGAUGUUUGAAGAAAGAUUUGAAACCAAUUUUUUGAAGAAAGCAGAAGGUCUCUUCCCAUUAUGACUUCAGAAAUCACUUAUGCUGAAGUGAGGUUCCAAAAUGAAUCCAAGUUCUCAGGCAUCGACUCAGCCUCUUCUGCAGCUUCCAAGAAAAGGACUGCCCCUCACAAAAGUAAUACCGGGUUCUCCAAGCUGCUUUGUGCCUCACUGAUGAUAUUUUUCCUGCUGUUGGCAAUCUCAUUCUUUAUUGCUUUUUUCAUUUUCUUUCAAAAAUAUUCUCAGCUUCUUGAAAAAAUGACUACGAAAGACCUGGUUCAUACAACAUUGGAGUGUGUGAAAAAAAAUAUGACCACGGAAGAGACAGCCUGGAGCUGUUGCCCAAAGAAUUGGAAGCCGUUUAGUUCCAACUGCUACUUUAUUUCUACUGAAUCAGCAUCUUGGCAAAAGAGUGAGAAGGACUGCGCUAGAAUGGAGGCUCACCUGCUGGUGAUAAACACUCGAGAAGAGCAGGAUUUCAUCUUCCAGAAUCUGCAAGAAGAAUCUGCUUAUUUUGUGGGGCUCUCAGAUCCAAAAGGUCAGCGACAUUGGCAAUGGGUAGAUCAGACACCAUACAAUGAAAGUUCCACAUUCUGGCAUCCACAUGAGCCCAGUGAUCCCGAUGAGCGCUGUGUUGUGCUAAAUUUCCGUAAAACACCCAAAAGAUGGGGCUGGAAUGAUAUUCAUUGUAAUGUUCAUCAAAGGUCAGUUUGUGAGAUGAUGAAGAUCCACUUAUGAACUGAACACUCUCCAUUAACAAGUGGUUGGAUUGGCAUCUGUCAUUGUAGGGAUAGAUAAUAAGCUCUUCUUAUUUAUGUGUAAGGGAGGUCCAUAUAAUUUAGGUGGUCUGUCAACUAUUCUACUUAUGAGAGAAUUGGUCUGUACAUUGAUUGAUUCACUUUUUCAUAAAGUGAGCAUUUAUUCAUGUGCCAAAGCCUGUACUGAAGACCCCUAUUGUGCACACAUGGAGAGAACAUGAGUCUCUCUUAAUUUUUGUCUGGUUGCUAAAGAAUUAUUUACCAAUAAAAUUAUAUGAUGUGGUUUC